AUGGCAGAAGGCCUGGCUGCUGCUGGCGCAGUGUCUUCCAUUGUUCAGCUUCUUGAUUUUGCUGCGAAGUUUUCCACCCGCCUCUACAAAUUCCUUGGAGAUUCCAACGACUCGCCGAAAACAUUUCACGAGAUCCAAGUAUUGUUACCAGUUUUUCUCGGGAGACUGCAGCACACUCAGAUUCUUUUAGAUCAAGGGUCUUACAGCCCUCCGAUGACGGUCGCCCUCCAAUCGUUAGUUGAUGAGUACACCGCUCAUAUGCUAGAACUCGACUACAUGCUCGAGAGAUCCACUCCUCGAAAGGACAAUUCCAUAAUGACCAGAAGUCGGAAAGCUGUAUACGGAGUUAUGCAUGAGAAACAGAUCAUCGCGUUGAAAUCGAAGCUUUCGGAAUGCUACCAGACGCUUUCGCUCUGUCAACUCGAUGUUUUUGCACAUCAAAUGGACAAACUUCGUGGCGACCAUUUGCUCCCAGGUUCUUCGCGCUUGAUCACUUAUUCGUCUGGAAAUGAAAAGACACAGAACCAAAUGGAUGAUGACAAAAUCGUGCGGAGGCAAAAUAAAGCACCUCCCUAUAGUCAAAAAAUUCGCCAAUACUCAGCAAUCAUCAACCUCUCCCGUUUCUGUCUUCCCUGGGCUGUUUCGAUGUCAUUGGACCUAUCAUGGGGACCACAGCGUUACACAUUAUGUCCAUCUCUACGAUUCCAAGGGCUGGUGAAACGCACUUCUCCUGGAUUCGUGGUGUUUUGGAAAUGCGACAAUCAUUACAUGGAAUUGUCAAAAGGAGUUGAGCUGUUGAAACGACUUUUCCAAGAAGGUCGUGCCUCACCCUAUGACGCUGACCCCGACGGCAAAUCUUGGGCAGAGGUAUUAUUGGAUUUUAGAGGCGUGGGUAAUUUUGAAGUACGACGGGAGUUCCUGAAGGUACUAAAUGAAUCGGGUGCGCAAAUUAAUGCCAGCCUACCGAUACGCUCUAUAGGCUACCCACAGGAGAAUUCUGUACUACCAUAUUCAGGCGAUCCUGCUACGAAUUUACACAUAGGAGAUAUUGAUGAUGCUGUAAAUUUCAUGAAAAUAUUACUUGAUAACCCGGAGAAGCGGGAAUGGGGUAGCUACCUACGAUACUAUGAUCUCUUUUAUCUGAAGUUACUGCAGAAAUGCGCCGAACAUUCUUCCGGGUCCUGGAACCAAACGCCGCUUAUGGACGCCGUGUUAGCUGGAACAGCUGCUGAACUUGACACCUGCAUUAAACGUCGGAUACCUCUUGAUGCCAAAAACUCCCUCGGGCAAGCGGCAAUACAUAUGGCAGUGCUCAGACCAUGCCAACUGCUGCGCCUGAUUGAAGCCGGUGCCCAAGUCGAAAUUAAAGAUGGCAAUGGAGCAACGCCGUUGUGCCAUGCUAUUUCCUAUGGUUCCGUUGAAUCGACAAAGCUUCUGCUUGAAUAUGGAACAAUCCCGCUCUCUACUGACGAAUUAGAAGAUCCUCUCAGCAUCUGUUUACACCAUGCGUUCAGUGCGGAGCACUGGGAUGUCCUCAGGCUUUUCUUCUCGCAUAUACGAACGGCCUUAGAUUUCCCGGAGAAAGCUGUGGGAGGCUUGGCGAAUUCCUAUGUCGCUAAGUGGUUGGAAAAUCCUACUCGCUUCCCAUUUCCGCCGCCGCCUGGCAUGAAUAUUCUGCUUCAAUUAGGUGUCAGCCCGGAUGUAACGAGCAAUUCUGGGAUUACACUUCUUCAUUGUGCUGGCACAGAGCAGGAAGUACGAGCUUUGUUCGAGGCUGGAUUCACGAAGACGAACCAACUCAAUGAUAAGGGCUAUAGUCCCCUGAUGAACGCUCUCGACUUUCGCUGUAGGUCAGAUAGUACAGCAUAUCGAGCUAUUAUCGCGCAGGGAGUCGACGUCAACCUACAAAACAAUCGUGGGACUUCAGCAAUGCACAUUAUCUGCGAAAAUAUAGGCAGCCCUUAUCCAAAGUAUACUGACGAUUCAGAAAACCUAAAAUUCUUGUCGGUGAAAUUGGAAGCGAUGGCAAUGUGUUUAUCUCGAGGGGCUGACCCAUUCGCUCGCGACCAAUGCCGAUGUCCAUGUUCGGUCAAUGGUUGCUCACCAGGCUCAAUGCUUUUACGUCGACUUUAUGGAGAUGAUUGGCGCGGACAUCUUAUAGCAUUAGAGUGGCUGUUGAUGUUAAAAGAGUAUCAAGGCAAAGAGGCUGCGGAGGCGGCUUUGGCCGACCUAGUGCGGGCGGCAAAUUUCGCGAUGAUGGGUAUGAAACACAUUUGCUGCGGGGGAUAUGGAAAUAGCCAUGGGCCCUACUUUAACCAAAAUGAGAUCAACGAGAUUUUGGUUGAGCAGAAAGACAACAUACGCAUUCUCGAAGAAUCCAUGCUUUCCUUCGCGCGAAGACCAGACCAGCCAAUCGAAGAGAGCUGGCUUUUUGUCCUUUCUCUUCUCGACCCCUCUACUUACGGGACGAUCGCGGAACCCUGGAGCGUUGGAACAUGGGAACAUUCCUACAUGCAAACCUUUAUCCCCCAAAAGACUGCUCCAUGGAAAUCUCACGCUGAGCUCCUGAACGAUUGGACUUAUGAAAACUAUACUGGUUUCCCGUCUUAUAGCUCUGUCGACGAAUCGCGCGAUGAAUUCCGCGUGGCUAUCAAACGUGUCGCGAUGAACAUACCACGCAGCAAACUGUACUCAUUGUGGGUCGAAUAUAUCUACCAAAACCAAAUCGAGUUCGGUUUCCCGAAGCCCCUUGAUGAUACAUGGCUCAAAACCAGGCGGUAUUGGGCCGCUAGGCAGGCGAAGACUAUUGAAACUGUGGUGCAAGAUAGAGAGGGUGAUCGGAUUGAAGUUUUGGGUUAAGUCGAUUUCACCCAAAGUCAAUGGAAGAUGACGGAAGUGAAUGGUGGCACUUUGUUAGACAGAACAUAACAUACGACAAGUUGUUUUUUGGGUGCUUCCCUGGAGGGGUUGAUAUCUUUCGGGAAUUUUUUAACUAACUAGGAAAUCACAAAUUGAACAGAAGGCGGCGAUUGAAUCCAGAAAUUGAUAAUAAAUCCGUGAUUCCUCAUCUUGGG